GUCACAUGCCAUGCCACUGACGUUGACACGACGGUCAGAGAUGUUUUCAGUUUUGUUUUUGUGGUUUUGUUUUGUACCUGCCCAAUGUAGUUAUUAGUCGAGUUCUAUUGUUAUCAAAAUAUUUUAUUAAAUAUUUGUUUAUUUAAGCUUCUUAUCAGCAAAAUGUGUAUGAUAGAUAAGACUGAUAUUUGCCUGCUGCUGCUCAUACAUUUUUUAAUAGGAGUAACAGGCCAAAAUUUUUGGAAAACUUAUUCAGUUGAACACAGGCCUAGGAGACCAGAAACAAUAGUGACAUGGUGCACAAUAAGUGACGAUGAGCAAAGAAAAUGCCAUAGUUUCUCUAUGGCUAAUGAAAGAGACCAAAUUAAAGUUGGAUAUGAAACUGUCAAUAUUACUUGUAAACAAGCAACUAACAAAGAGGAAUGCAUGGAGCUGCUUGACCAAGAAUCUGCCACAAUGGUUACUUUAGAUGCUGGUUCUGUCUUUGUGGGAGGAAGAUACCACAGCUUAGUGCCUAUAGCAGAAGAGGUCUUAGAUGGAGGUCAUAAUUAUUAUUUCUCAGUUGCUGUAAUAAAAAAGGGAUCAUUGGAUGAUGUAGUAUCACUACACCAACUUAGAGGCAAAAAAGCAUGUUUCCCUGGAGUAGAAACAUUUGCUGGAUGGGUUGUUCCAAUAAACACAUUAAUGAAAGAAGGUGGGAUGGAAAUAGUUGACUGCAACAACCACAUAAAAUCAGCCACAAAUUACUUUGGUCCAUCAUGCUCAGUAAACUGCCUAUCUGACAAGUAUAACCCAAUAGGUGAUAACUCGGACAAACUGUGCCAACUGUGUAUAGGAAAAAUACCAGGUGGUAGAUGUACUGAUGCUGAUCCAUAUGCUGGAUAUGAAGGAGCUUUCAAGUGCCUUUUAGAAGCUGGAGAAAUUGCAUUUCUGAAACAUAACUCAGUACCAGAGAUUAUUGAGAAAUUAGGAUUCACUGGCCUUUCAAUCGACAGUUUCGAACUCCUCUGCAAAGAUGGCUCUCGACGCCCCAUCAGCGACUAUUUAGCAUGUAACUGGGGCAAAGUUCCCUCUGAUGCUGUGGUGGUGUCAUCUGCUACUUCUUUUGAGAUCCGUACAAAACUCCAAAAAUUCUUAGAGAAGUUCUCCAAGAAAUAUCCAAAAGCCCACAGCAAUAUCACUUACACGAGUACCACUCCCAGCAAUUUUCCAUAUGGCGGCAACCAGUAUAACCAGCAACAGUAUGACCAAUUUGGAAAUAGGAUAAAUCGUUUCAAAAGACAAGACUAUGGAACUAACUAUGGUAGAGAUGAAUCUACCCCUGAUCCAUUCGCAAGAGAUCCCUACGUUUUGAACCCAAACCAGUAUGGCGUGAAUAUCGAUCCAUAUGACAGGGAUGUCAAAUACAACACCGGCGAUGCUAACAGAGAUCCGUAUGACCCAUACAACAGAGACCCUUACUAUGAUGGCAGGGAUAGUAACGAGUACGGUGGUAACAAUAGAACAAAUGGAACAUUCUACGAAAAUUUUAGUUUAUUCGAAUCGGUGCCUCGAUACGGGGAUAGGUCGAACUUAUUGUUCCAGGAUGCAGCUAGACACAUAGCUCCACUGCCCGAGAAUUUGCAAACGUUUUCUUCGUUUUUGGGGCCAGCUUUAGAUACAAUUAUGGGCGUCAGGGACUGUCCAGUAAACAGAAUGAUUUUGUGUGUAACAUCUGAUGCUGAAAAGAAUAAAUGCGUCAAAAUGAGGACUGCAUUGAAAUCUCAACUACUCAAACCAGAAAUGGAGUGCUACAAAGGUCACUCCCAAAUACAUUGCAUGCAAGCAAUCAGAUCGGGGACUGCCGACGUUGCCGUUUUCGAUGCAGGCGACAUCUACACAGCAGGCUUAAACUUUGAACUGGUACCUUUUAUCAGCGAAGUUUACAAUUUGGACGAGCCAGAGUACUAUGUGGUUGCCGUGGCCAAGGAAUCCGAUCCUAGUACAGAGUUAACAUAUCUCAAAAACAAAAAUACAUGUCACGGUGGAAUCAACACAGCAGCUGGUUGGGUGUAUCCAUUAGCAUUCCUUAUAAGUAAUGGCUGGAUUCGACCAUAUGGUUGUAAUAGUAUCAGAGCAGCUGCAGAGUACUUUGCUAAAAGUUGUGUUCCUGGAGCUAUCAGUACAGAGUAUAACACAGGGGUGCCAUAUGACAACAUGUGUGAUUUGUGUCAUGGGGCAAGUUUCAGAUACUGCCGACGCGACGCCUCCGAAGACUACUAUGGUCACACUGGAGCGUUCAGGUGCUUAGUGGAAGGAGGAGGACAUGUAGCAUUCGUAAAGCACACCACAGUUACAGAGAACACUGGAGGAAAGAAACGAGAGUGGUGGGCCAGAGACAACUUGAACGACGACUACGAGUUGCUUUGUCCAGACGGAACCAGAGCGGAAAUCCACGAGUACAAGCGGUGCAAUUUGGGCAAGGUGAAGGCUAAUGCCAUUAUAGCUAGAGGAGGAUAUGGGUACAAUGAGACCCACAUCAACGCUUAUAUCAAUCUGUUCAUGUACGCACAGACACUGUUUGGGAAGAAGAGUACGGACGAAUUUAGUUUCAGCAUGUAUUCAUCACCCGCACCAUACUCGGACCUGAUAUUCCAAGACGCCACUACGCAACUGAAGAUGAUAGAGCCUUACAAAAGACAUUAUGCAGAGUACUUAGGAAGUGAUUUCUUACGAGCGAAACGCGUCGUUGAUUGUCAUGCGGGUAGCAUAGGAAUAAGCCUAUCUGUAACGACGUUUAUUAUUUGCCUAGUGACGUUUUUACUUUGAGUACAAAUUAGGAAAACACCGUUGAGUGCAACACUGUACUUUGCUUUACGAGUUGUAUUUUUAAAGACUCAAUUUGUCUAGGCAGUUAAACACAUUGUUGUACCUCAUUGUGAACACGUUUUUUGUUGUAUAGUGUGUUAGGAACAAAGUACGAGAGAUCUGAAAACUUUAUAUGUAUUAGCAGGUAUUACUUCAUUAUACCGCGUGUUUCAAAUUCGACCCUCUCCAUUGGGAUCUUGGAAACAGUAAGGGAUACGAAGAAAAAACGAAGUAACUGAAUAAAACGAUAUAACUGUGCUAUCACAAGAUAUCUUGAGACACCUCAUGUCAAAAUUCAACAAGUCGUUUAAGAUCUAUAGCCAGUGCCACUCCCACUAUCAAGACAAAUCCAAUGACGCCUCUUAUGCCAAAAUCCUUCAAGCCAUUUGGCAUGUAGCCCGUAAAAUAAAUUUUUUUGGAAACAUACCCACGCGUGAUGAACAUGUCCCUCCUUCUGAGGCAGUCCAGUAGAAGUAAUUAAAAUGAUUGUUAAAAAAUUCUGCUUUUUCCGUCUCUCUUUAAAAGCUCUAAAUUGGGUAAGUUUCUAAGUGCCAAUUUCUCAAUUAACUAAAUGGGCAAUUUUGCACAUAUUUAAUCGACUUCGUAUCUUUAACCGUUUCGGAGAUCCCAAUGGUGCAAGUCGAAUUUGAAAGAUCCGGUAUAUUUUGUACGUACGCGCUGCAAGGCUUACAUUCCUUUUUAUACUUCCGUCACUCACCGGUCGACCAAUAACUGGUUGUAGCCGAUAUAGAUGAUUUCUAUAAAGAGAUAAUGUCGGAAAUGGAAGGAUGUAUCAUCAUGAUCAACUCAUUUAUUCCCAUUGAUAUGGAAAAGCUAGGCUAAAUCUGGAUCAAUUCAAAUUAUUAUUAAGCAUACUGCUAGAACCCCACUUCAGAAACCAUCAAGUACAAUUUCUUCGAACAUUCAAUUUGCAAAUACCAAAUUCAACAAAAGUACAUUGAUAAUAGGUAUUGAGUUGGAAAGUAUUUCUGAUAAAUCUGCUCCAGAAUAUAUGAGAAAAGCCUUAAGGACCUGAUUUUGAUAAUACAUACUAUUAUUGACAUUUUCGACGUGUGUAUGAAGCAAAGGUUGUAAAGUAUCACAUAGGAAUGUGGUAUAUAAACGUUUACCUAUUUUUAUCAUAAAAUGUAUAAUUCUGAAUUUGUGUUAUGCAUGUGAUCUAGGAUCCGUCCAAGAAACUUUUGUACAUUUUUUAUGUAUUUUUUUGAUACUCUGAAAUAAAUCUCAUUUUUAUUAUUGAUCUGUAUUUUGCGGCCAUCCAAAACACACCAGUGAAUUGUCAUGCAAUCUUCGACUAAAAUGUCGCAAAUGCAUUAUUAAUUGAUCU